AUGAGGAAGUACCCCUAUCAGAACUUAAUUGGCUCUCUUAUGUUUCUUUCAGUUACAACCCGUCCAGAUAUUGCGUACACCGUAAAUUUCAUGAGUCAGUUUCAGUCAUGUUAUAAGGCUGAACACUGGAAAACGGCGAAGCGCAUCCUUCGGUACCUAAGCGGUACCAAACAACUCGGCCUGUUAUUCAAGCGAACAGGCGAAGAUCUGUACGGAGUCGUAGACGCUGACUGGGGCGCAAAUUUGACCGACAGACGGUCAUAUUCUGGACAGGCGUUUAUAUUAGCAGGUGCUGCUAUAAGUUGGGAGGCACGAAAACAACGCACCGUCGCUUUGUCAAACACAGAGUCCGAAUACUUGGCCAUGAGCGAAGCAACAAAGGAGGCCUUAUACUUGAAGGUCAUACUCAACAGGAUUGGCAGAAGAUGUGAUUCGGUUCUGCUCCUAAACGACAACCAAAGCGCUCAAAAAUUGGUUAAAGGCUUUGGUUUUCAUCCACGCACAAAACACAUCGAUGUGCGCCACCAUUUCAUCCAGCAGAAGCACUAG